GUUAUAUUCUCGCAAAAUGUCUACCGAAGGAAAGACAAUUACCUGUCGAGCGGCCGUCCUAUGGAAAGAGGGCUCUCCGUUGACGGUGGAGACGAUAACCGUGGAUCCGCCGAAGAAGGUGAAGGAACGCACAAAACCCACAAUUAGUUCUCAUUUCUCUUACAAACGGUUCUAUUUGUGGACACUUUUGGGCGAAGUCCGCGUCCGAAUGGUGGCGGCUGGCGUUUGCGCGACGGACGCCCACUUCGUGUGGGGCUUGCCCACAGACCUGGCGCUCGACUUCGAGGGCCUGCCGGUGGUGUUGGGUCACGAGGGCGCCGGAGUGGUGGAGUCGGUGGGCGCGGGCGUGACGGCGGUGUCUGCGGGUGACAAAGUGGUGUUGCUGUGGAUGCCUGAGUGCGGUGUUUGCGACCUUUGCCGCAAUCCGAAGACCAACUUCUGCUUUGAUACCAAUUUCUACACAUCGCUAUAUCACGACAACCGCGAGACGCGAAUGAAAGUCAACGGAAAACCGUUACUCUCUUUGGCCGGAACGUCCACUUUCUCCGAGUACGCCGUCGUCCGCCAAUCACAAGUCGCCAAAGUGAACCCUUCGGCCGACCUCAAGACGGGCUGUAUCAUUGGGUGCGCUGUGGGCACCGGCUAUGGUAGUGCCACGAAUAUAGCGCGGGUG